UCUAUCCCUCCCUUCCUCUCUCGUGAUGAGAUGGUGGAUGGUGAUGAGUGUGUGUGUGAGAGAGAAUGAGAGAAAGAGAGAGAGAGAUAAUGUGUUUUGAAUGCAUGAGGAAUUUAGUCAACAGCUUAGGCCGACCGAGGGCCGAUCGUAGCUGUGCAGUGCACGGAUCGUGCGUGUGAGCGAGAGACCGCGCUCACAGGCACUCCAUCAUCAGCUAUACCCUGCAGCCUCUCUCACUCUCCUUAUCCUCCUCCUGAAAAGAGAGAGAUCACGCAACACGCCAGGGAAAAGACGACAAGAAGUGUAGGAGAGAAACAAAUCUGCAGAGGCAAAGACUCUCUCCUCUCUACACUGCUCUUUUUUCUGAGCGUGAGAGGGAAGGGAAGAGGGAGAGACAGGAAGGCAGUGAGCCGCAGCAAUAAAAAAAGUGCUUCUUGUCAUUCGUGCUGCUUUCCCUGCCGUGGCUCCAACCCACAGAGCUCUGGUUGUCAGCCAGCAAAGAGCAGAGCGCUAGAGCGGUGGCAGUGUCUCUCUCGCUCCACAGAAAGCAGCCUGAGGAAGAGAGGAUGCUAAACAACUUGACAGACACCGAGGAGGGAGAGGGGGGACCCAACUGCCAGGGUGAUGGGAACCCCAAGGAGAGCAGUCCCUUCAUCAACAGCAGCAGUGCCAGCGACGUGGAGAAGAGCCAGCAGUACAAUGGCAAGAAUAUGGCCCUGUUUGAGGAGGAGAUGGACAACAGUCCCAUGGUGUCGUCCAUACUCAGCAGUCUGGCCAACUACUCCAACCUUCCUCAGGGCAGCAAAGAGCACGAGGAGGCCGAGAACGAGGAGGGGGCGGCUCCGUCCAAAAAAAAACCUGCUGUCAAGGCACCAUCGCUGGGCACUCUGAUGGGGGUGUACCUGCCCUGCAUCCAGAAUAUCUUUGGUGUGAUCUUGUUCCUGCGGAUGACCUGGAUGGUGGGCAUCGGAGGGGUCUUUGGCUCCUUCAUCAUCGUCUUCAUGUGCUGCUCCACGACCAUGCUGACAGCUAUCUCCAUGAGUGCUAUCGCAACAAACGGAGUGGUGCCAGCCGGAGGCUCCUACUACAUGAUCUCCCGUUCCCUUGGCCCCGAGUUUGGCGGAGCUGUCGGAAUUUGCUUCUAUCUGGGAACUACUUUUGCAGGUGCAAUGUACAUCCUUGGUGCCAUCGAACUUCUGCUGAUCUACAUCCUCCCCCAGGCAGCCAUUUUUAAGAUGGAGGGUCUGGAGGGGGCUGAUAUGGAGGCAGCGAUGCUGAACAACAUGCGUGUAUACGGCACCAUUGUGCUCAGUUUCAUGGCCACGGUGGUGUUUGUGGGGGUCAAAUAUGUCAACAAGCUGGCUCUGGUCUUCCUGGCCUGCGUCAUUCUGUCCAUCCUGGCUGUCUAUGCUGGGGUCAUCAAGACGGCCUUUGAACCCCCUGUUUUCCCCGUGUGUAUCCUGGGGAACCGCACUCUCAUCUCCAAGGGGUUUGACGUUUGUGCCAAGGUCAUUGAGCGGGACAACGGCACAGUCACCACCAAACUGUGGAAGAUUUUCUGUGACUCCGAGUUCCUCAAUGCUACCUGUGACGAAUACUUUGUAAACAACAACGUUUCUGAGAUCCAGGGUAUCCCAGGGGUCAGCAGUGGUAUACUGGCUGAGAAUCUGUUUGGUUACUACCUGGAGAAGGGAGAUUUCUUGGAGAAGCGGGGGAUCUCUGCCAUACAGGAUCCUGAAGCUAUCGUCACCAACUCCAACCGUUACGUCCUGGCUGAUAUCACCAGCUUCUUCACCCUGCUGGUGGGGAUCUACUUCCCCUCCGUCACAGGCAUCAUGGCUGGCUCCAACCGCUCUGGAGACCUGCGUGAUGCCCAGAAGUCCAUCCCCAUAGGCACCAUAGCAGCCAUCACCACUACUUCUAUAGUGUACAUGUCUGCAGUGGUCCUGUUCGGGGCCUGUAUUGAAGGGGUGGUCCUGAGGGACAAGUUCGGUGAGGGGGUGAACGGUAACCUUGUGAUUGGUACGUUGGCUUGGCCAUCUCCAUGGGUCAUCGUGAUUGGAUCCUUCUUCUCCACCUGUGGGGCUGGGCUUCAGAGUUUGACUGGAGCGCCACGCCUCCUGCAGGCCAUUUCUCGCGAUAGCGUCAUCCCUUUCCUUAAAGUGUUUGGGCAUGGCAAGGCCAACGGAGAGCCUACCUGGGCCCUGCUUCUCACAGCUAGUAUCUGUGAGAUUGGCAUAAUCAUCGCCUCUCUGGACGCUGUUGCCCCCAUCCUCUCCAUGUUCUUCUUGAUGUGCUACAUGUUUGUCAACCUGGCCUGUGCCCUGCAGACUCUACUGAGAACCCCCAACUGGAGGCCUCGCUUCAAGUUCUACCACUGGGCUCUCUCCUUCCUGGGCAUGAGCUUGUGUCUGUCACUCAUGUUCAUCUGUUCCUGGUACUACGCCAUUGUUGCCAUGGUGAUUGCUACCUGCAUCUACAAAUACAUUGAGUUCGCUGGGGCGGAGAAGGAAUGGGGAGAUGGUAUACGUGGCAUCUCGCUCAGCGCUGCUCGCUUUGCCCUCAUGAGGCUGGAGGAGGGACCGCCUCACACCAAGAACUGGAGGCCUCAGAUCAUGGUCCUGGUGAGUGUGGAUGCAGAACAUAAUGUCGAGCAGCCCCGUCUGCUGUCCCUGACCAAUCAGCUGAAAGCAGGAAAAGGCCUGACCAUUGUGGGCACCUCGGUGGUGGGCACAUACCUCAACAACCAUGCAGAGGCCCAGCAGGCAGACCAGGUUCUGAGGAAGCUGAUGGAGACCGAGAAGGUGAAGGGUUUCUCCCAGGUGGUGAUCUCCUCCAACCUGAGGGACGGAACCUCCCACCUGAUCCAGGUCGGGGGGCUGGGAGGCUUGAAGCACAACACUGUGCUGGUCAGCUGGCCACGCACCUGGAAACAGGCUGAGGACAACCUGCGCUUCAGGAACUUCAUUGAGGUGGUUAGGGAGACGACUGCAGCCAGCAUGGCCCUGCUGGUCCCUAAGAACAUUGCGGCCUACCCGUCCAAUGGAGAGCGCUUCACUGAAGGCCAUAUUGACGUGUGGUGGAUCGUCCAUGACGGAGGCAUGCUGAUGCUGCUGCCCUUCCUUCUGCGCCAGCACAAGGUGUGGAGGAAGUGUAAGAUGCGUAUCUUCACCGUGGCCCAGAUGGACGACAACAGCAUCCAGAUGAAGAAAGACCUGAUCACCUUCCUGUACCACCUGCGUAUCGAUGCCGAGGUCGAGGUGGUGGAAAUGCAUGACAGUGACAUCUCGGCUUAUACAUACGAGAAGACUUUAGUGAUGGAGCAGCGCUCACAGAUCCUCAAACAGAUGCAUCUCACCAAAAACGAGAUGGAGAGAGAGAUCCAGAGCAUCACUGAUUCAUCCCGUGGUUCUAUCCGUCGUAAGAACCCGUCUAACCUGCGGUCUCAGCAGAGCAGUGAGGAGCCGGCUGGAGUCAGCGUGGUGGAGAAACCGGAGGAGGAGGUGCAGCUGAUCCACAAUAAGAACGCUACCCCCACCAGCCCCACGUCUCCCAUCACGCCUGCAGGGGGAGUUGCCACCCCCGGGUCGGAGGUGCAGAUGACCUGGACAGACAAGGCUGAGCACCAGGCCGCGGCAGCCCACCCAGAGCAGGGCGGGAUCAAAGACAUCUUCAACAUGAAGCCGGAGUGGGAGAGCCUGAACCAGUCCAACGUGAGGCGCAUGCACACAGCUCUGAGGCUCAACGAGGUCAUCGUGAAGAAGUCCAAGGAUGCCAAACUGGUUCUGCUGAACAUGCCCGGACCACCCAAGAACCGCAUGGGAGAGGAAAACUAUAUGGAGUUCCUCGAGGUCCUCACCGAGGGUCUCAACCGGGUCCUCCUAGUACGUGGGGGUGGACGUGAGGUCAUCACCAUCUACUCCUGAGAAAACAACCUCAAAUCAAAACAUCAACCCCCCACCACCCACUCACCUAGCAUCUUAAUGGUUUAUGGCCCCUGCUUCUAUUCCCUCUACACUUUUACUCCCGUCACAUUCCUCACAUCCCACUAACACCCCUCACCAGACACACACACACACACACACACACACACACACACACACACACACACACACACACACACACACACACACACACACACACACACACACACACACACACACACACACACACACACUCAUAACAUAUCAGCUCACUUUGCACCAUGUAGUUAGCCCCCUAAAGGCACUGGCUGAAUUCUCAUUUACUAUCAGUCACCCCCAACAGCAUUAUGGCUGCUCCUCCCAACAUCUAGAAAGCUGUGGCAUCAACCUGUUUAGGUUAUUUUAUGGCUAUCAGAUCACUAGAUUCCAAAUGGCACAUGAGUUUCUUCUUAUGCUGAGGAGUGAACAUAUCCCAAAGACAAAUUAUUCCGCAAACUUCAAGUAAUUUCUGUUUGGUAGACCCAAUGUUUUUGUUCUGUUUGUCCUUGUGUUUUAUUUGACCUGUCUGUCAAUAUUGUUGCUUUUCUUCUUCUUUUUUGUAGGGAUGUGGGUUACUUGCAAGAGAGGGAUUGAUAUCUUCUCAUUGCUGGUCUAUUUGAUUUUUCACUUUGAUUUAUUCAUCUGUUCAUGUAUUUAGAGGAUACACGUCAUAUCUUUAUCUCUCUUUGUUGUUGCGCAUUAGUUUAUUUUAAAUGUAAUGUACGACAUGAUGUGUUGAGGGAAGGGGAUGGGUUGAGAAUUCAUCAAUCACCAUCAACAUGUCUUCCUAUGGAUUUUCACCUCGGGGACAAGGUCAGUUGACGAAUCGUGAGCAACAGCACAGUCUAUAUCAAUUUGAAGGAAGGAUAACUGCAUGCAUAGGCGCAGCACACAGUGACGUGUGGAGGAGACAGGCAAACUGCUACUAGGACGCUGUUGUCAGGGUUGAGGUCAACUUCAUACCAGUCCGUUCACAGACAGGAGUUGAAAUGUAAUCGAUUAAUCGAAUGAAUUACAUUUCUCACUGAACUCACUGAAUACUGAUGGUUGGUGUUGUUUACCGUAAAUAGUGUGCUUUGUCCUAUCAUUUAAUACAUACUGUUACCAGCUGCACCUGAUGCUCCUCCUGAUCAGUGACUAGUGCUGACAAGACUUUUCGGGUGGCAUAAACUAUUGUUAUUACAGUUAUACAACUGUAAGGAGAAACCCUGAAAAUGUAUUGAUAUAAAGUAGAUGUCAAGAAACUACUGUGUUACAAUCUAAAUCAAAAGUCCAUGUGUUUGAAACUAUAAUACCAAAUGGCAACAAUUUGAAUAUAUUACCAUAUAGUCUACAUUAGAAAAUGUAAAUUUCUCAUUUAGAGACACUCAUAAAUAUAUAAUGUUUGUGAUACACUGAAAUAUUUGAGUAAAUACCUCUGUUUUUCUUUAUCAUCAUUUGGUUUACACUAAUUCCAGUCUAGAAAUGUGAAUUCUACAAUUCUUGCCAAAUACAAAUAUACAAAUUGUGCCAUAGGACAAUAAAUAACUUUUUGAUACAAACCUCUUUUUAGUACAAAGGCAAAACGGUGUAGAGAAUGGACAAACUAUGCUUUAGAUGGAAAUUAGCAGUGAAAUUACAACUGGUUUGAAUUGAUAGUUUUGAACCCAUCCGAAAUCUUCACAACCUUGGACUAGAAUGGGAAGAAACCAUUUAUUUUCAGUGUGGCACACCUAUUUAUUUGCGAAAAUAGAAUAUGACUGUGAAUCCCUAUGUUCUGCAUAUUUACAAAGGUAUGUCUAAAGAAUCAACCCUGGAAUAAUACAUGAAUCAUAUUAAUUAUUUUUGUAAACAAAUAUUAUACGGAUAUAUGUACAUACAGUUAGACCUCAUAUUUGCAAAGAUUUAACAUGUUAGUUUCUGUGCACUGGAUGGCACUGUUGAACACGUGAUAGAAACAUAGGAUAUAUGAUAUACAUUUGUAUGAUAUUGUUUUCAGAAGAAAAUUAUUGAAUUAAAUUUACUGAAUAGUUUACGUAAAAACAAUAUAUUUUGUGUGUGAUGUACACUGUAUUCUGUGAAGGAUAUUCUUUAUCUAACAUAUUAUGACAUAUUAUAGAUGUUCAAAAAAAAUUAAAGCUGCUAUUCUGAUUGAUGUGUAUAUAUUGAACCAAAAACAAAAAUGUAAAGAAAUCUAGAAAUCAGAUUGGGGACUAGGAAGGGUAUACAGGGUUCGAGUUACUUGGGUAGCAAGGCAGGGAUGUUUGACACUAGUCAGUGGUUUUCAACACUGUCCUUGAGGUUCAACAGUCAGCUACAGUUUGCUCCAGCAAAUCACAUAGUUCAUGAAGUUAUUGACCUGGACAUGACACUGUUUUCUUUGUGAGAAAAUAUGAAAGAAUUCAUAGCUGACGUUAGUCAAUCAACAUCUCCACUGAGCCUUGUUUAGUUGGAGAAAAUGUAGAUUCAAGCCACAAAACGAUAUUUUGAACUUGAAAUUGAAGGGCAGGUCUAAGGGCAGAUGAAAAUAUACACAAUCCUUCAUGGAGUUUAUUUGAGAUAUUACUAAAUAUUCAGUUGUUACCCAAAUAUACUUCAACGUAUGCUGAAAUCAGUGAGGGGACAGACCUAUUUAGGCGUUUGACAGGUCCCAUAGAUACCAGUAAGACACUCCGGAUUUGUUGACAGCUCUAAGCUGAGGGAGAGGUGAUGAGGUCUGGGGUUAGAUAGUGGUAGAUAGUUAUCCUCAGUCAGCACACUUUUUAAGUGGCACACAAAUACUACAUAAAAAACAAAAUAAUAUAAUCUUGGAAAUAUUUAACUAUACAAUCUAUAAUAGUAUUGAAGUAAAAUAUAAAUACUAUAACGUAUAUACAGUAACUGGACAUAUGAAUAUGAUAUGACUUGUUUAAAAGUUGAUGGUUGAAAACAAUGUAUUUAUUUAUAUUCCUGUUGGCAUGGUGUUUGUAACAGUAGUUUCAUAUGGUAUCCUUUUAGACAGGAGUUGGUUAGUUGUCAUGGAGAACAAGACACGUAGCACACAGUUGUGUAACUUUUCUUCUCACUCAACUGUUUUUUUUUCGGAAAAAUUAAUGCAUGAAGAAAAUUGGCCAAAGUUUAUCUUUUGAAUUCAAAAUAGGUAGUUGAUAUGUCUCAGAUAUCCCAGACCUAGGGCAAGAGCUGGAACAUUGUCUGUCUAGGGAGACUAGUAAUUGAGUCAAUAUGUUUGGCCUCAGUCAUCAUUUAACUACAGAAAACAUGACAAGAUAUGGAGAUUUGGAACUGUGGAAUACGAUUUGAGUGUUAAAACUCUGGUAUAUAUGCAAUACAAACCUACUGUAAACCUAAAACACAAGACAUUUCUUGGACAUACACUGCCGUUAAAAAGUUUGGGGUCACUAAGAAAUGUCUGUUUUUGAAAGAAAUGCACAUUUCUUUGUCCAUUAAAAUAACAUAAAAUUUAUCUAAAUAUAGUGUAGACAUUGUUAAUGUUGUAAAUAACUAUUGAAGCUGGAUAUGGCGGAUUUUUUAUGGAAUGUCUACAUAGGCGUACAGAGGCCCAUUAUCAGAAACCAUCAUUCCAGACAGUCUAAUGUACUUGUCCUCUUGCUCAGUUGUGCACCGGGGCCUCCCACUCCUCUUUCUAUUCUGGUUAGAGACAGUUUGCGCUGUUCUGUGAAGGGAGUAGUACACAGCGUUGUACGAGAACUUCUGUUUCUUGGCAAUUUCUCGCAUGGAAUAGCAUUCAUUUCUCAGAAGAAGAAUAGACUGACUAGUUUCAGAAUAAAGUUACUUGUUUCUGGCCACUUUGAUUCUGUAAUCGAACCCACAAAUGCUGAUGCUCCAGAUUCUAAACUAGUCUAAAGAAGGACCGUUUUAUUGCUUCUUUAAUCAGGACAAUAGUUUUGCGCUGUGCUAACAUAAUUGCAAAAGGGAUUUCUAAUGAUCGAUUAGCCUUUUAAAAUGAUAAACUUGGAUUAGCUAACACAAUGUGCCAUUGGAACACAGGAGUGAUGGUUGCUGAUAAUGGGCCUCUGUACGCCUAUGUAGAUAUUCAAUAAAAAAUCAGCUGUUUCCAGCUACAAUAGUCAUUUACAACAUUAACAAUGUCUACAUUGUAUUUCUGAUCAAUUUUAUGUUAUUUUAAUGGAUAAUUUUUUUUGCUUUUCUUUCAAAAACAAGGACAUUUCAAAGUGACCCCAAAUGUUUUAACGGUAGUGUAUAUAUUUAUUGAAAAUUUAUAUUUUGUCAGAAUAUGAGUUCAGCUGUGUCCAUCCCCAUAUCAACAGUUUGACAUGGACGAAAAAUGUUGUCCGGCCUUGGGAGUACACUAAUGAGCCUACUGUUAUUGCGUGGGGACGAUGUUUAAAUUGCCUCACUCUUCUGAAUCAAGUAGAUCCAUCCAUUUUUGUGCUUGGGGUUAUUGGGUACAUGAGAUGGCAAGUGCUGCAGAACUAUAGAGCUUAAAUACCUAUGGUUGGAAAAUGACUGUGUGUUGGCACACGGGUGUAUGUUGUGCAGAUACUGUGUAUGUUUGGCUAGAGCAUGGCUCUUAGAUAUGUGGUUUCUAAAGACACAGAAGAUUUCCCCUAUAACCUGCCAAUCCACUGAUCCACCAGCAAGCAGUGUGACUGUGGUAGUUAUCAAUAUUAUCAAAGACAACAAAACCAUGGCUUCCACCAUUGGCAGCGGUCAGAGAGACCUUUACAGAACGGUAUCACAUUCCCAUGUUUGAUGACUCUAUCUCUAGAAGUGAAAGGGAUUUCAGUGACAGAAUUGUUGCAGUAAAGCUGCCAUCCUUCAGGUGUCUCCAAAGUAUCAUGUCCCAAUAUACAUUAGAAUCCUUCCCUACAGCAACAAAGAUGCCAGAUAAUUUACAUCCAUUUUUUAACAUGGUGUGAAAAGGGCUCUCGAAUCCAUGUUACAUUGGACCUUGCCUUGCUGACUACAUUGAAACCAUGAGAUAUGAAAGUGUUCAUCAGGAAUGCACUUCUGUUUACAACCCUGUAAAAUAACUUGACCAAUUUAAUUAGACCACCGCUUAAUUAAUGUAGAAUCCAACAUGUUAUAUUGCUGCGAGUCUAUUUGUGUCAGUCCAAAGCAGAUACAGGCAUUGCACUGUGAUAGUUCUAGCGCAUAUGUGCACAAAUGUGAAUAACUGUGAUUUGUUCAAUGCAUGCAAGUAAUGUACGCUGAGUGUACAAAACAUAAAGAAUAUGCGGCAGGGCAUAGACUCUACAAGGUGUCGAAAGUGUUCCACAAGGAUGCUGGCCCACGUUGAUACCAAUGCUUCCCACAGUUAUGUCAAGAUGGCUGGAUGUCCUUUGGGUGGUGGACCAUUUUUGAAACACACAGGAAACUGUUUAGCGUGAUAAACCCAGCAGUGUUGCAGUUCUUGACACAAAACGGUGUGCCUGGUACCUUCUACCAUACCCUGUUCAAAGGCACAUAAAUAUUUUGUCUUGUCCAUUCACCCACUGAAAUGGCACACAUACACCAUCCAUGUAUCAAUUGUCCUAAGGCUUAAAAAUCAUACUUUAGCCCGUGUCCUCCCCUUCAUCUACACUGAUUGAAGUGAAAUCAAUAAGGGAUCGUAGCGUUCACCUGGAUUCACCUGGUCACUCUAUGUCAUGGAAAGAGCAGGUGUUCUUAAUGUUUUGUCCACUCAGUGCAUUCUACAGUUUGUUUCUGCAAUGUAAUAUUCAUUUAUUUAUUUUACAAUUUAGAUAAAGAAUUUGGCCACAAGUAUUUCAUUAACAGUGUGAAACUAAUCACAGGGGUCAUAUAAAUAGAAUGGUCCUCCUGAGAAUAUUUCCUCAGUAGGCCUACCUGUUUAUACAUGUUGAUUUAGAUUGAACAUGUAUUAUUAUGCAAUUAUUUAACUACAACACAGAUGAUUUGCCCCACCAAAACAAUUAUGUUAGGUUGCAUACGUCAGCUACUUCCAGUGUAGUGUAAUCAUUAAAGUCACAAGGGAAAUAAAACUUAAAUCAACAAUAACAUUUGAAGGGCUAUUCAGUCCAAGGAAAUCUAGACACAUAAUUAUUUUUGGAGAACGU